AUGGCGAACGAUUACUUCGAAUGGCUUCAGAAUUACCGAGAGACAGGUCCUUCUCAGUUCCCUCAACAGAAUCAAUAUGCUGCUUCCCCGACGCCUUUUCAGGGCUACCCGGAUUCGUUCUUGGAUUUCCCCCCUGCAUCUCAAACACCAUUGAGCGACAUUCGCCAACCGUACCAUUAUCAAACACAUUAUGCUCCUCUUGAGCAAUAUGUGAGGCCACAAGACCCAGCAUAUUCCUCAUCAAGUGCCUAUCCUUUUACCUCUUAUCAAGGAGGACAGCAAUACCGAGCAAACCCACUUGCAACAACACAACAACCACCUCCUGCCCCUACUCCUCCUUCGACCCUCUCACAAACCCUGCCUGCGGACUCAGCUCAGACACAACCGCAAAAUACUUUGUCAUAUCUGAACUACCCACCUUUUGCGCGAGCGACCGAGGUCGUUGAUGCUGACAUUAGUGGGCAUGAUGCGAAGAGGCGUCGUCUUGAAUCACCCGCGACUGUGACCAUGUCGAAGCCGACAAUGCCGCCUCAAGAAAGUCUCUCGAAAUUUUCCUUUACUCCGCAAGACACCACGGACAGGAGCUUCCUGAGAACGCGUACGGAUAUAGCAAAACCUCUGAACGUGACUGAGGCGGCGGAAAAGCUACAAUACGAUCCGAAAACAAUCGCGCGGGAUGUUUUGAUUGCGUCUGGGCGCCAUCCUACGGAAGCUCCUCUGAACCAUCACCUAUUCCGCCUUCGAGAUGUCUUCGUCGGACUCGACACUGCUUCAGAUUUGGAGACCUUUCGCUGGGAUCUUGUAGACCCAGAGGAGAAGCAGGCCAAUAACACAAGCACAGCACGUGACAUUCACCCGCUCUCCGCGCCAGCGCAUUUGACUUCCGCCAUGGCGCGUCCAGCCCAACCAAAUCCUCCAUAUGCUGGUGUUGCUGCAACUCCACAGCACCAUCGUCAACAACAUCAACAACUAGGACAACUACAGCCACGGCCACUGCAUACGUUACAGGUAUCACAGACAGGCCCUCAGCAGAAAUCCCCAUCUCAGCCCGAUUCCCAGAGACAAGUACAGCUUCCCUCUGAUCCCCAGUCUCGGUCGCACCCUCCGCCCCAAGUACAACUGCAAGUCCAGCCGCCAUCGCAGCCACAAUUAAAGCCCGGACCCUCGAUUCAAAUACGUACAAAGUCACAGCCGUCUCCUAAAGCAAAGUCGUCCCCUCGUCAAUCAACCAAUAUGGUCGGCAAAAGACCUCCUGGACGACCGCCCGCGAGCUCUAAGAUUGAGGUUACAAUACCCGUCACUUCCCAAAUUCCAUAUCAGGUCUACACGUGUGGCUGGGAGAAUUGUCAAGCGGAGCUGCACAAUCUUGAAAUGCUCAAGAAGCACAUCUUCAAAGUUCACGUGCCUUACACGCUCACGUGUCAAUGGAAAGACUGCACAUUUCGAGAGAACUUACCGGCGGUGCAAUUGUACAAGCAUGUCCUUUCAGAACAUGUGGUGUCUAUCGCAUGGACGCUGGGCGACGGACCAUCAGUGCCUGCAACUGAGGGUCGUGUUGUCGACGAAAGUCCCGUUCCCAAAACCAUCCCGGACUCUAUUCAGCCAGGAGGCGAAGACUCUCUAGUAUUCCCUGCAAGCUACAGUUCGAUUCGCGCAUUCAACCGUGUCCAUGGCAACCAUACUCAAAUUGAGAAAGCCCGGGAGAUCUUCAAGGCAGUACAGAGGCUGAAGGAACAUAUUGGGUAUGGAUUAGAUCCCGGUGGAUGCCAGUUGGCUACGCCCGCAAGGAUUGGGAGAGUGAGCAACGAUGAGGAUGUCUAUGCAGUGAGGCAUGAGUCUUAG